ACAUAUACCAGUUGACAUUAAAUGUCAACUGAGCUGCGUACAAGCUCUUAGAAACAGAAGUGGCUUGUGUUUUUAAUUUGGAAAAGUCUUUCUAGUAUACAUUAAAUGUGUGAAAGAUUCAUACGAAGGAUUGCAAUUACCAAUUCAAAGUGACUAAUUAAGUACAGCCUUCUUUGUGCUGAUAAAGAAAAGCUGUCAAAGGUGUUUGUUCUCUUUUAAAGGAACUUUCAGAUUAACCUGGCAGCAAAAUGUCGUUUGUUACAGUGAAGUUUGGAAAUAACCAGUACGCCCUGUUCAACCCAAACUGCAAGACGGCUGUGCUGCUUGAUGACAUAAAAAAGCGAUGCAAGUGUCACGAUGCUUCGAUUCUAGACGUAAGUGAUGAAAAGGGUGAAAUCAAACAUCUCCAGGACCACACUCAUGAAUAUGCGACGAAAUUACUGAAGGGCAGAGAGAUUUUGAUUCUUCUGGAAUUAAAGACAAAUAAAGAAACAAAGGAAGUCACAUACCUACCAUUGUUGAAAAAUAUGAAAAAACUGUAUCCAAACGUGAUUGAACGCCUAUCAAAGUCGACCAAUAAAACUGAAGAUCAAGGACAUGAUGUGAAUCAGAAGACAGUGAUUAAAACACCAAGGCAGAGGAAUGCUUCACAAAGUAACAGUAACAGUUUACAUCUUCAGCAGAGAGGAAAAAGGCAAAGUUUGGAACAACCGAGGCGAAGAGCAUGUUCUGAUAAAUCCACUUUCAAGGCUUGAAAAACUUUCAAGGCUCAAGAAAAUUGAAGGUGUAAUAGCAUAACGACACAUUGAAGGUGCAUC